CACCUCCCUGGUGCCCCAAGCACCGCAUUUCGUGGACGCUUCGCCAUGGCCUUGGAGGCGCCAUGGCCUACCGCAGGGAGGACGCGCGGCUGCGUCGCGAGGCGGAGCUGUUGGAGGAGGAGCUGCUGGAGACUCAGAGACGAAGCAGGGAGGCGGAGGAGGCUCGACAGGAGGCUUUGGUGCUGGAGCAACGGAAGGCCCAGGAGCUUCGAGACGAGGCCGCUGCUGCACUUCGUGUUCAACAGGAGCGUGCCGCCGAAGAGGUGGUGGAGGCACGGCGCCGGCGCGCGGCCGAGGAGCUGCGACGGGAGGAGGCCUCGGCGGAGCGGCGGAAGAGCAUCAGUCAGCUGGUGGCCGCUUGCUCCCAGGCAGCCGCUCGUGCCGAACGCCUACGGCGGCAGCUGGCGAACGCCGAGCGGCGGCAGCAGCUGGAGGUGCAGGCGUUGGAGGCCCAGGCGCACCUGGAGAGCCGCCGCUGGGCACAGGAGCAGCAGCUAAAGAGGGCUCAGAUCCAGGUGUUGAGAGCGGAAGUUGCUGAAUUGGAGCUGGUGGAAGAGGAGCACCGCGCCUGCGCGGCGCGAGCCGCCCGCGAGGCCGCCGUGCGCCGCGAGGCCGCCGAGCGGCGCCGGCGGCUCCUCGCGCGGCAGGCGGAACCAGAGGAGCCGCGGUUGCGGCGCGCAGGCGCCUCAGCUCCGGGGGCGACGGCGACGCUGUCGGCGCUGCGGCAGCAGUCCGCGGCGGACGCGCAGCGCGGGGAAGCGCAGAAGGCCCAGCUGCGACAGGAGUUGGAGGCGCUGAGGUGCCGCAGAUCACGGCGCCAGGAGGAGUUUGAAGGGUUGGAGAUGGAAGUGGUGAUGCUUCAGGAGGAGAAUGAGCAGAAGGCCCAGAAACUUGAAGUGGAGGAGGAAGAGGACUCUUGUUUACGCGCUUCUUUGGAGAUGGCCACAGCUGAAGAGCUGCAUCAGCAACAGCUGGAACUCUCCAUCAACGCCGAAGCUGCGUGGCCGGGGGGCUGCCGCAGCCGAUACCUUGAAGCAGACCGUCUUGAUGGCAUCCGGCGCAACGGUCGUACCAAAACCACUAGGCCGGAGGUCAAGGAGCAGCCCAACUUAGCUAGAACAGAGACGGGCAGUCCAGAUGAAGAAGCUCGUCGCAGUGAUGGCUUUGCAAAUCCGUCCCCCUCACCCACAGGCAACACCAAACAGGAUACUCAGACUCUUCCUAGCCUGGACGCUGAAGCACAGCCGCAUCGGAUGACACGACCAGCGUUGGGAAGAAAGCAGGAACCACGGUUGACGUUUGGGAGCAGUGAUGGGGUUCAGGCUUGUGGCAAGAAGUAUGCGAAUCAGCUGGAGAGCUUUUGGGGAGCCUUGGUGCAAGCAGAUCACAGGUGGAUUGGGGCUGAUGCCGGACAUAGGAUCCAAAUUGUCGAUUGCAGCUUGGGCCUGGAAGGAGAACUUGGUGUGGACGGAUUCAUCAAAGAGGUGUAUGGCCGGCUUGACGCGGUUUUGUCUCAAAGGGACGGAUGGGAGACUCGCUUCAGAGAAUUGGAAGCAUUUGUCGAGGAGAACGGAAGGCUUCCUCGACGGCGGCGAGCUGCUAGUGAUGAUGAUGAGAUAGUGCUGUCCAAUUGGUUGCGCACACAGGGCUCGCGCGUCACCUCGCAGCAAAUGCCAGCCCACCGACUUCAAAGACUUCUGAAUGCAAGAUCCGAUCUUGUCCGCAGGCGUGCUGAAGGGUGGAUGGCCGGUGGCCUUGUUGGCCGCUUCCAGCGGAAGUGCCGAGAGCUGAAGGAGUACAUAGAGAUGAAUGGCAAACUUCCAACCAAGACGCAAACAAAGCGCAAGUCUUCGAGCUACCAGCUGGCGAAGUGGUUGCAGAAUGUUCGAACGAGUGGAGCUCAUGUCAUACCUAAGAGGAGGAAGAUGCUGGAGGAAGUGCAUCCUUUAGUGAAAGAGCUCCUCCAGAAACGGGACAACAGCCCUUUCAAAAUCAACAGGGUAAAGUGGGAAAGGCAGUUGGAGAAAGUCCUCCACAUCGUGGAGAAGCACAGGCGGCUCCCGAAAAUGAAGACUGAGAGAACGGAGUACAAGUGGCUCUGGAUGCAGCUCCGACGACUCGACACUCUGCCGCCUGAGUUGGCAAAGCGACUUCGUGGCUCUCAUCCACUCGUCGCAGAAGCUGCCAGGAGGCCAUCCUCCACGGCGGAACUGCUUCGACCGUGGCCAGCCACUGAGCUGGUCCAGCGGGGACGCCGUGGCAGCCGGCUUCUCCUCGGCCUGGUCGGCGUCUUGGGCGCGAUGCGGCUGAUGGCUGAGAGGAUGGAGGUCGGCUUCGCGGGCUCAGAGGAGCGAGACGCGGCCUUCAUGGAGCGCUUGCGCUGCCUGGCGCGGGAGGCGCUCAGCUGGGCUUGGCUCACUCCGCAGCAACGGCUGGUGUGGGCCGCGGCCAUCGAGCUGGAUGCCGUGCCUUUGCAGGAGCAUUUUGGCACCGGUGACACGGGGUUGGCCUUGGAAGAUCAAAGGAUCCUUGAAGACUUGAAGAUUUCAAGAGAUGAUGUAUAA